AUGAAAAUCUACACCUCGAAACUUGCUCCAGUCCCAGUGGUAGAGCGCUCAGUAUUUUCGUUUGUUCUGGGCGACGUAAAGGAACAGGACCAAACUUCAGUCGCUUUCGUUGAUGCUGCUUCAGGACGGGAGUUGACUCGUGCAGACCUGCGUCGUCUGUCCCUCGAACUGGCAUGGGGAUUGCGCAAUGAACUACCGAAACAUGGUGGUCCUACUCUGCGAAGGGGCGAUACCGUCCUUAUAUUCAGUCCAAACUCACUUGCGUACCCAGUUGUGUUACUGGGAGGAUUCGCUGCUGGGCUUACUGUGUCGCUUGCUAAUAGCGCGUACCAGCCUGCAGAGAUCGCACAUCAAUUUACGGAUAGCAGGCAUGUUUUUGAUUCCUUUCAAAUGAACUUCUCAAACUCAUGUGUCUGCUGUAGCGCCAAAGUCAUCUUCGUACAUCCUGCACUAUUACCGGUCGUCCUAAAGAUGUUUGAGCAACUGAAGAUCAGUCUCGACGAAGCUAAGAAAAAGAUAGUCGUAAUGGGCUGGAACGAGAAAGACAAGGGACCAUCCGGUUUCCUGCAGCUUGAAGAACUUUUCGGAAAAGGAAGGCUAAAUGCGGAAGAAAAAUUCGAUGGCAAGGAUGCAGACUCGACUACACUUCUGUGUUAUUCGUCUGGUACGACGGGCAGGCCAAAGGGCGUAGAGACCACGCACAAGAACCUUGGGACCAUGAUGUUAAUGCAACAACGUGCUAUAGAUCUCGUUAGCGACGACAAACUGAUUGGUUUACUCCCUUUCUACCACAUAUAUGGUCUGACAAACGUCCUACUAUACCCAAUUUACGUGGGUUUCCCGGUAGUAAUAAUGUCGGGCUUCGAACCCGUCAGUUUCUGCAAGUAUAUUGAACAGUAUGGAAUUACGCUUGCGUAUAUCGUACCACCGAUCUUCGUGGUACUUGCUCGUCAUCCAGCUGUCACGCAGUACUCUCUGAAGACGCUCCGUAUACUCGUAUCUGGAGCUGCCCCGCUUCGCGAGUCUCUCGUGAAGGCUGUCAGUGCCCGCCUUGAAUCGCUCGGUUCCAACCCCAUAACUUUUGCCUUCGCCCUCGGCGUAUACUCCACCUUCUCACUCUUCGCUCUCUCCCUAAGUUCUCGCCUCAGGAUCUUUCCUGCCGCACUACGAAAUUAA